AUGAUCGAUGACGUAAAAGAGCUGUUGACUGUGGGAUCGAAGGUCCGCGAGGCCAUCGAGGCCACCGAUGUCGCCAAGAAGAGAAGGCGCGCCCGACUGAAGGACUACGACAGCACGCUCCACGUGCUGCUGCAGAGCGGGUCUCCGGAUAAGUUCAAGAGCGAGCUGCAGAGGUUGCAUGAUAUCUACCAUGAAAUAGAGGCGCUGCACGUGAAACACACGGCGGACCCGGAAGACCCGACGUGGGUCAGGUUUGCCAAGAAAGUCAACAGAGGAACUCAGCACAAGUCUAUCGAGGAGGACUUGGACGCCAUCGACGGACAAGCCCUCCAGCUCAUCACCGCCAUUGCCGCGAAAUCGUCGAUCGGCAACAGCAAGGCGAUUCGGCAAAUAUUGCAAGACUUGAAGCUGGAGGGAAGGCGUGUCAGCGGUGGUAGUACGCUGCUAGUCGCGGGGGGAGUCUUCGGAGCUGUUUUCGUCGAAAUCGCGGCAUUGGCGCUGGCGCACCGAGACGGAGAAGCACCUGUCGAUGUAUUCGAGGCGGUUGAGCUCGUUUUGCGCGACUUUGGGCCGGACGGGUUACGCGUCAGCGAUGGGACCCAGCUGUUCGUCGUGGGGUUGAUCGGGGCGCUGGUCGUUGCCUUCGGAGCUGUGACGACUGCUCAACGAAAUGCCGUCUUUUCCAUGAUCCGUGCUGCCGACGGCCCCAUCAACCCAGAGACGGCGCUCGCCCCCUCCACGGUUGUCGGCAUGGGUGGAGGUGGGAAAACGGUGCUAGCCUCAGCCAUCGUGCGCGAUCCGAGUGUGAGGGAGCACUUUCUUGGUGGGAUUUCCUGGGUGAGCGUGGGCAGGAACGGAAAGAGAAGUCUUCCGCCCCUCCUGCAGACCCUAGCCAGGGAGAUUACUACGGCACCCACGGAUGCUCCGCACGGCGUGCCUCACGCCUUGGACGGCCUAGAACAGGUUGUUACGCGCUGUGGACGUCCGCCAUUGGGUCUCGGCAUGGCGGUCUCCAUGCCCAUCGUGAAAGGGAAGGGCUUGACCGCCGGUGCCUGGACAAAGCUGUUCAAGGAGUUGGAGAACGUGGCCAAGAAGAUGCGGGCUCGCGGGGAGCAGUCGACGUCUCUCAAGUUGGUAAUCGAAACCAGCUUCGACGCCUUGUUAGCACGGAAGCGAGAGGAGAUGUCUGUGAUGGCGGCCGGAGCUGUUGCACCGAUCGAGAUGCUACUAAACCUGUGGGGGAUUCAGGUCAUGUUCCUGGACGGGCAAGCGAGUUCUCUCUCACUUCUUGGUCGGUGCACUUGUCUCUUUGUUCGGAGAUCUGCUUUCUGCGAUCCGGAGAACUGUUGUGAUAGUGGUUGGUGA